GAGCCUGCAUUUUCUGUCUGCACAACAUAAAACUGCACAGUGAUGUGGGGCGCAUCGUGACAGCGAGGAGAGUCCUGAAAUGAUUGGUCUGGCCUACGAACUUGGAUGCCCAGAUGUGGUUGCUUUUUCUUCGCAGUUCACCAGCCAGCUUAUUGUCCACUCCUGUUGCACAUCUGUGGAGUUGAGGGAGUGAGCCCCGGAGAACCACCGUGUGCCUGCCGUGCUCGUUUUGCUUGUCCUCACCAUGCUAAAAGGCUAUGGACCGACCAGGGUCUGCAUGUCAGACGCACGGCUGAGGGUCUAGUCGUCUCACCAAACGUCGUCCGAACGACAUGGGCCGCGCUGCGCUCCCGCCGGUGGAUGCAGGGCGGCUUGCACUAAUCAAUUUGACCCACCAGGAAGACGCAAGUUGGGUGCGCCAGAGGAAGCUCAAUGAAUGAAGCGGAGAUGCAGACCGCGAAUGAUCGCUUUUCCGAAAUAAGCAUCUCGUCGUCCGG